GAGAACACUGUUAAAUAAGCAGUUAUGUUCUUGUUUCUAUGUACCUUAAUAAAUAGCAACCGAAUGUAAACAAAUAAAACUGAAAGUGAAACCGAAAGUAAGUCAGCAAGCAGCCAGUAGCUAGCAGCUUGUGGAUAGGCGGUGGAGAGCGAUUGAGCCUUAGCAGCCGGACCGACCAUCAACGGAAAGUAAUGGGAGUGAUAACAUGGGCAUUGUUCAUCAUUUUUCUCGAUGCAUUGCUAUCUUCAGCACAGUGGGCCGGGCUGCUGCUGUUGAAGUGCUCCAGCUGUGGCGGACUGGCAGGAGUGUGGGCCUUUGGACUGGUAAAGUGGGUUUUUCUCCAUGUUUUAAUCUCAGCACUGGCAGAUAGAAAACACCGGGCAUUACCUCAUAGGUUUGCAGCACUCCUCUGCUUUAUUGCUCCUGUGUUUGAAACUGGACGGGUCCUCACGGAGUCUCCCUCGGAGCAGUAUAGAGGACCUUCUCUUGACCCCAUCAUGCUUUUGUUGGGUGCUGCGUCCUCAUCGCUGGCCUGUCUAAUAUGGGAAAAAUGGCUUUCUCGUGAUGGACAGAUGAAAAAAGAGAAUCCGGAUACUAAACGUUUGCUUAUGAGAGUGCUGACAUACUUCAAACCAGACACUGUUCAUUUGAUUACAGCUUUUGGUUUCCUCAUCAUGGGAGUCAUCUGUGAUACUUACAUCCCUUUAUAUCAAGGGAAUGUGAUUGACAUACUCAGCGGUCAACAGCUUCAAAGUGGCUUUGGUUAUGCAGUCGGCCAUCUAGUGCUCAUUUAUUCUGGAAGUGCAGUGUUCUCUGGCAUGAGAGGAGGCAUUUUUAUGGUUGCUUUGGCCAGACUGAACAAGAGACUGAAGCAUCUGCUGUUUCACAACCUACUGAAGCAGGAGGUGCACUUCUUUGAGUUGAACAACCCAGGACGACUGUCCUCCCGCUUGCACAGUGACGUAGACAGGAUGGGACGUACCGUUGCCCUGAAUGCCAAUGGAGCCGUCCGCAGCACAGCCAAAACUUUCCUCAUGCUUAGAGUGAUGUUGGGGCUGUCCUGGGAGUUAACUUUGCUCACCUGCAUAGAGAUGCCACUCCUGGCCAUAAUACAGAGUAAAUACAUCAGCCUGUCCAAGGUUCUGAAGGAUCAGACCCAGGAAUGCCACGCUCAAAACAAAGAUCUGACAUCCCAGACGAUCAGCGGGAUCCGAACGGUCCGCAGCUUCAAUGCAGAGGAAGAAGAACUGAGGAGGUAUCGUGUGGCUCUAGAAGAGUUGUGCGCCAUCAAAAGACGAUCAGGCAUAUACAGCGCAGUUUAUCUUCUAAUACGAAGGCUGGUGUCUCUGGGUAUAAAGAUAUUUAUGCUGAUUAAAGCCCGCAGCCUCAUCUCUUCUGGUCAGCUCAGCAUCGGUAGUCUGGUGUCCUUUUUUUUGUACCAGAAGCCCAUGUCAGUCAAUCUAAGGGAGAUCAUGUAUUGCUACGGAGAGACGAUGUCCACAGUAGGAGUCAUUUCCAAAGUGCUGAGUUACCUUGACAGGACACCAAAGAGUAAAGAGGAAGGAGACUUGGCUCCUAAGACGCUGGAUGGGAAAAUAGUUAUGCAAAAUAUUCAUUUCAGUUAUCCCUCUGCUCCUUCAGAUAAACCAGCUCUAAAGUUGAUAUUGUUGCAAAUCCAUCCGGGAAAGAUCACAGCUCUGGUCGGUCCCUCCGGCGGUGGAAAGAGUUCCUGCGUCAGCCUCCUGAAGAGGCUGUAUGAGCCUCAGGAGGGUCAGAUCCUGUUGGACGGGAAGCCACUGCACUGUUACAGAAAAAAAUAUUUCCACCAGAAGGUAGCAUUGGUUUCCCAGAAUCCUGUGCUCUUUUCGGGUUCCCUGAGGUACAACAUAGAAUAUGGCCUGGAGAAACCCCCUCUGGAGGAGAAGGUGAAAGAAGUUGCAGAAAAGAUCAAUGCACACAAGUUCAUCUCUGAAAUGGAGAAUGGAUAUGACACAGAUAUUGGAGAAUGCGGAGGCAAAUUGUCAGAAGGACAGAAGCAGAGCCUUGCCAUAAUCCGAGCUCUGCUUAGAGAUCCACAGGUCAUCAUCCUAGAUGAGGCUACAAGCAAACUGGAUGUAGAUGCGGAGAAUGCGGUGCUGAAUGAGGUUCUGGCUCACAAACGGACAGUUCUGAUCGUGGCUCAUCAGCUCCGGAUUGUGGAGAAAGCGGAUCACAUCAUUUUCAUGGAGGACGGAUUGGUCAGGGAGGAAGGGACCCAUCAGGAACUCAUGAACAAAAAAGGAGGCUACUUUCGUUUAAAGGAGGAGUUGUUUUCUGAAAGCAGCUAAAGAAGAGUGUUUUUUAGGGUGUUACGGCUGGUGGCCGUAUGUGUGUUUGUUUUGUACCUUCACC